CUGGAGCAGCCCUGCCAGCGCCUCCUGCCCCGCAGCACCGGUGCCCCCAUGAAGGUGGAGAUGCUGGUGCACCAGGGCCACAGCCGGCGCGGCACCAUGCCCGGCCCCGUGAUGGCCAAGGCUGAGGUGGAGCGCUGGUUCACGGCGCCCGGCGUGCGGCGGAUCCGCCUCAAGGAGGGAGCCGUGCGGGGCUCCCUCUUCGUGCCGCCCGGGGACGGCCCCUUCCCAGGAGUGAUUGACAUGUACGGUGAUGAAGGGGGAUUAGUUGAAUUCAGAUCCAGCCUCCUAGCCACCCGGGGUUUUGCUGCUCUUUCUCUGCCUUACUUUGACUUUGAAGAUCUGCCAAAGGUCAUGAAGGAAUUCAAGCUUGAGUACUUUGAGGAGGCAGCAAGAUUUCUACAGCGUCACCCGAAGGUGAAGGGGCCAGGAAUUGGAGUGAUUGGAACUGGGAAAGGGGCAGAAUUAGCGCUCUCCAUGAUCACCUUCCUGCCAGAAGUGGUGGCUGCUGUCUGCAUCUCCGGCUGCAGCUCCAACACAGUUGCAGACCUUCACUAUGGUGACAUGACUCUGCCUGGGCUGCGCUUUGAUAUGAAUAAGGUCAGUGUUUCUGACACUGGUGUAUUUGACACUUUUGAAGCUCUGGAUGACCCACUGAAUCCUGCUAAUUCUCCCUGCAUGAUCCCUGUAGAAAAAGCUGAAGGUCACUUCCUCUUAGUGGUAGGAGAAGAUGAUCGUGUGUGGAAGAGCUCUUUAUACGCUGAGCUGGCGAUUGAGCGUCUGCGCCAGCAUGGCAAAGAAAACUUUGAGCUCUUGAGUUACCCAGGAGCUGGCCACCGAAUCGAUCCUCCUUCCACUCCGUUUUGCCGGGUAGCUGUGGAUCGUGUUUUGGGGGUCCCUGUCAUGGGGGGUGGGGAGAGCAAAGCACAUGCCCGUGCACAGGAACACUCCUGGGGAAAGAUUCAGGAGUUUCUGCGCUUGCAUUUGGGGUGAGCGCUUCGGUACCAGAAAGCUGCUGCUGGCUUGCAGAGGACUGAGCUUGAGGCAGAAUGACUAGGGAAUUGGAGGGACUGACUGAGAAAGGUCUGAAGUAUGAAAUUACCAAAUGACAACU